CACUUCCUGUCCGUUCACACGCAACGUUAAACUUCCGUUUGAGGCGACGACGAGCUCGUUUUGUUCAAGAGAAACGCACUUUUAUAUUUGUUCGGCAGUUAUCGUCGGCCAGGCAAUCAUGUCAGGUCGCGAAGCCCUCAACAUGAAGCUCCCACCGAUCCAGUCCACGGCCGGAGCCGUGCCGGUUCGGAAUGAGAAAGGUGAGCUCUCCAUGGAGAAAGUGAAGGUGAAGAGGUAUGUGUCAGGUAAACGCCCAGACUAUGCUCCAAUGGAGUCAUCAGAUGAGGAAGAGGAGGACUUCCAGUUUGUGAAGAAGGGAAAGGAAAUGGAGCUGGAGCUGGAGGUGGAGGAGGAAGAGGUCUCCGACCCACGUCUUAAACGUUUGCUCAACCGUGUGUCAGAGGACGUGGAGGAGAGGCUUGCGAGACACAGGCAGAUCACAGAGCCUGAAGUUGUUGCUGAGAGCAGCGGUGACUCUGAUGAAGGCACGUGGCACCCAGAGCAUGAGGAGAGUAGUGAAGAUGAAGAGGAGGAAGAGGAAGAAGAAAUUGAGAGGAGACGAACAAUGAUGAGGCAGCGAGCCAUGGAACAGAAAAACGAGGAUAUGGAGAUCAUGGAUGUGGAGGAGGAAGGGAAGUCGGGAGAGGACUCGGAAUCAGAGUCUGAAUAUGAAGAAUACACAGACAGUGAGGAUGAAGCAGAGCCUCGACUCAAACCUGUCUUCAUUCGCAAAAAGGACAGAGUCACUGUGGCCGAGCGCGAAGCUGAGGAGCAGAGGCAGAGGGAGCUGGAGGCCGAGGCCAAGAGGCAGGCAGAGGAGCGACGGCGCUAUACCCUCAAGAUUGUGGAGGAGGAGGCGAAGAAGGAGUUUGAGGAGAACCGGCGCACACUGGCCGCCCUGGAUGCCCUGGACACUGAUGGAGAGAACGAGGAGGAAGAAUAUGAAGCCUGGAAAGUCAGAGAGCUGAAGCGCAUCAAGAGAGACAGAGAGGCCCGAGAAGUCAUGGAGAAGGAGAAGGCUGACAUCGACAGAUUCCACAGCAUGACGGAGGAGGAGCGUAGGGCGGAGCUCCGCAACAGCGGCAAGGUCGUCACCAACAAAGCCACCAAAGGCAAAUACAAGUUCCUCCAGAAGUACUACCACAGAGGAGCCUUCUUCAUGGACAGGGAGGAGGACGUGUACAAGAGAGACUUCAGCGCACCAACACUGGAGGACCACUUCAACAAAACCAUCUUACCCAAAGUCAUGCAGGUCAAAAACUUUGGGCGGUCUGGACGCACCAAGUACACCCACCUGGUGGACCAGGACACCACAUCGUUCGACUCGGCCUGGGCCCAGGAGAGCGCGCAGAACACAAAGUUCUUCAAGCAGAAGGCAGCAGGCGUGAGGGACGUGUUCGACCGGCCCACGGUCAAGAAGAGGAAGACAUGAAGAGUGAAGCUGAUGUCAGCUUUAAUGAGACUGUUCAGAAAUGGAACUGUAGCCUGCAGAGUUCAGAGACCAACACUCUGUCCUGGAAUAUAUGUUGUGGAAGCAAAGCAGAAAAUAGAAUCCAUUUGAAAUGUCGAACCAGCAGGGCGGUGCACCACUGUUUUCAUCUUGUUAAUAUGCAGAUUAUCACUUUAAAGGAUCUUCUGCAUCCUGGUUAUUUUCCACACAGACUAAAAGCAACACUCAAUAUGGUGUACUCACCUCAAUGUGUGUGAAUCCAGAACCUGGUUUAGCAAAAUUUUAAACACAGCAGCGAGCUACACCACUGCACCAGGUGACAGGUUUCUUCCUCAGGAAAAAUGCGAGACUGUUUUCAGCAAACUGCUCUGGAGACCAAGAAUGGCCGUCACUUCUUACAGUGUCUGAAGUAUGAAAGUCAGCUGAUCUCUGCUCUGCCUACACUACUGCUUCUCACGCUGCACAUAGCAUCAACAGGCAUAGCAGAGCUCACACACACUCUUACAUCAGAGUGUAAAAAGUGAUGGCUGGUCUCAGUUUGAUGAAAACAGUUUCACAUUUGACCAAAGGAGGAACCCUGCCACCCAGUGCAGCAGUGUGGCUCACCACAGACAACAGAUGCGUACAGCACAAUAAGCUAAACCAGGCUCUGGAUUCAUAUUUUUGUUGCUGUUAGUCACUGUGGGAAAUAAAACCAAAGAAAAUCACUGGCCUCAUCCUUUGCUGUGGAACAGUGACUUAAAAAAAAAAAAAUUUUAGUUUAAUUCUUUUAUUUGGCCAACAGGUUAGUGGCAUUUGAGCCACAUCACACUCACACCUCUGUUUUAAAGCAGUGGGUUAUCAGUUUGUAACAGCAGGUUCUUGUACUCAUUUCCUGUAUCGCCCCCUUUUUUCCAUGUUUGUGAAAGUGCAGGUAUAACUUGAAUUGUUUGUGAAUUAAAAGCAAAUUUUUAAUAGGUAAUGAAA